AAAGUUGAAAUACGAGUUCAAACAUAGCAUUACGACACAAGUAUUAAAAUAAAUGUUUGAAAGAUACUUUAAAUUAAAGUUUUAAACAAAUUGUUAGAGUGUUAAACUCCAGAAACAAAGAAAAUAUUGAAGAACUACGAUAAUUGGCAUUCACGAAGAAAAUGGCGUCAUAUCAAACUAAUCACGGAGCAAGCUGAUGAAGAAUUCCAAAAACUAUGCUUCGAAUUUGGUUUAGAGUUAGAUGAAGUUACAACAGAAAAACAGAUGUUGAUUAAAGAGCAGGGUGACCAAGCUGGUACAGGUGUGUCAGAAGAGAUCUUGUAUCGUAUUGACAUUCCUGCUAACAGAUAUGACUUGCUCUGUCUAGAAGGACUAGUUAAUGGGAUUCUAGUGUUUCAAGGAAAAAGAGAGCCUCCUGUGUAUAAAACUACAAAAUAUGAAGACUGUAAUUCACUUCAUUUAACCCCAGCAACUGCUCAAAUAAGACCAUAUGCAGUAGCAGCCGUACUGAAAGGUGUUUCCUUCACUAAAGAAAGUUACGAUUCCUUCAUUGAUUUACAGGAUAAAUUACACCAAAACAUAUGCAGAAAAAGAACACUUGUAGCAAUUGGAACCCAUGAUUUAGAUACCAUCCAAGGACCAUUUGUGUAUGAUGCACUCCCGCCGAAUGAAUUAAAAUUCAAAGCAUUAAACCAGAUUAAGGAAUUGACAGCAUCUGAACUAAUGGAAUUGUAUUCUAGUCAUGCUCAACUGAAGCAAUACUUGAAUAUUAUCAAAGAUAGUCCGGUGUACCCGGUGAUCAAAGAUAAGAAUGGAGUUGUUUUGUCAAUGCCACCUAUUAUCAAUGGUGACCAUUCCAAAAUCACUCUAAACACAAAGAAUGUAUUUAUUGAGUGUACAGCCACUGAUCUCACAAAAGCAAUAAUUGUGCUGGAUACAAUAGUGUGCAUGUUCUCUGAAUACUGUGCCAACAAGUAUGAAGUGCAGCAAUGUAAAGUGUUCGCUCCGGAUGGCACAUAUGAGCUUUACCCACAAAUGCAGUACAGAGAAGAACUUGUGAAUGUCGAUAAGGCUAAUGGUUACAUUGGAAUCAGCGAGAGUGGUUCGCAGUUGGCCACGUUUCUGUCGCGCAUGUGCCUGUCGGCGACGUGCGACCGCGACGCGCUGCGCGUGCGCGUGCCGCCCACGAGGCACGAUGUCAUACAUGCCUGCGACCUCUACGAGGAUAUCGCCAUCGCUUACGGCUACAACCGCAUCCCGCGGGUGGCGGCGCGCGGCGCGGCGGCGGGCGCGCAGUGCGCGCUGAGCAAGCUGAGCGAGCAGCUGCGCCACGAGUGCGCGCGCGCCGGCUACACCGAGGCGCUCACCUUCACCCUCUGCUCAAGAGAUGACAUAGCCUCAAAACUUGGUCUCAAAAUCGAAGAUGUCCCCGCGGUUCACAUCUCCAACCCCAAGACACUGGAAUUCCAAGUAGUCCGUACGGUGCUGCUGCCGGGCCUGCUCAAGACACUCGCAGCUAACAAAAAGAUGCCGCUACCUCUCAAACUAUUCGAGAUCAGCGAUGUUGUGAUAAAAGAUGAAACCGCGGAGACUGGUGCUCGCAACGAGCGUCGCGUGUGCGCGGUGUACUGCGGGCGCGCAGCUGGCUUCCAAUACGUGCACGGCCUACUGGACCGCGUGUGUGCCAUGCUACGGCUGCCCUGGCAUCAGGAGCUCGGAUACUACCUCCGGCAAUGCGAGGAUCCUGCAUAUUUCCCAGGUCGCUGUGCCGAAGUCACACUCCAGGGUCGAGUAAUUGGAAAAAUCGGAGUAAUUCAUCCAAACGUCUUAACUGCUUUUGAAUUAACUAAUCCGUGUUCAGCGGUGGAAAUCAACAUUGAACCAUUUGUAUGAAAUAAUAUAUAAUGCCAAAAUUAUUAACUUCAGAUUGCUUUUUGUAUUACUUGGUCACAUUUUGUAAAUAUAUGUCAAUGGAUUAGGGUCAUCAGCAUUCUCUUUUUCUGGACUGUUUGCUCUGAGAACAUUAAUCUUGUUUAAAGUAAUACACAGUAGAACACAUUGAAAUGUAUAAUAUAAAUAUAAUAAUGUAAGUAAACAGAAAUCCUUUUUAUUAAAUAUUUAACAAAUGUU